UAGUCGGUAGUUACGAUGAAUAUGGAUUAUCUUCCGAUUAAGGAACGAAUUCAAUCCAGUGCAACACUGCCCCCUUCAUCGCCAUUCAUUCCUCACGAAAUCAUAUCUGAAAUUUUGUGUUUGCUUCCUGUGAAAAUACUCGUGCAACUCAAAUGUGUGAGCAAGACAUGGAAAACUCUUAUAUCCGACCCAUCCUUUGUACAAAAACACUUGAAGAAUUCAUCAUUAAACCUAUACCUCCUUUUCACACCAAAGAAACUGAGAUACCCUAUGGGUAUAGUCAAAUUCUUCCCCGUGCUUCGUUUACUCGAGACGGAUUCGUCAAUCACUGUUUCUAACGACAAUUUCACUGGAGGGAUGUACAAUUGUCAAGUAGUUGGUACCUGCAACGGAUUAAUCUGUUUGUUUUUCCAUUAUCGCUAUCGGAAGUACUGGUUUCGUUUAUGGAACCCUGCCACGAGGACACUGUCGAAAAAACUAGGGACUUUUCAAGACCAGAAAACUGUAUAUGACUCUCGCAAGUUCACUUUUGGUUGUGAUAUUUCAACUGGAACUUACAAGGUCGUGGCCUCAUAUAAGGUUAAGGUUCGAGAAGACCAGACAUAUUCCCUGAGAAAUGAGUUCAGAGUUUUGAGUUUGGAUGAUAAUUGUUGGAGAAGUUUUCAAUAUGGCUCUUCAAUACCCAUUUACUUGAUAUAUGGUCGUAACACUGAAAGGAUUAAUAAUGGUCUGCAUUUGAAUGGUACUGUUAACUGGUUGGCUCUACCCAAAUACAUCAAACCAUUUUAUCGAUAUGAUUGCAAGUCUAUUGCUAAUGCACAACAGUUUGUUAUUGUUUCGCUUGAUCUUUCUACCGAGACAUGCACACAGUUUUUGCUGCCGUCGGGUUUUGAUGAGGUGCCAUUCUUUCAGCCGACUCAUAGUGUUCUAAUGGACUGCCUUUGCUUUUCCCAUGAUUUAAAGGGGUCUGAGUUUGUUAUAUGGCAGAUGAAGGAGUUUGGAGUGCAAAAGUCGUGGACUCUGUUAUUUAAAAUUAACUACUUUGAUAUUCAAAUGCCCAACAGUCUAAUUCAUAUUGGUACUUCUUUGUUGCCGUUGUACCUUUCUAAGAAUGGAGAUACAUGUAUCUUGGCAGGUUAUGAAGAUGACCAAGUAGUUAUCUAUAAUCAGAGAGAAAAGAGAGUAAAGAGAAUUGGAGUUGCAAUUGCAACCGAAUUCUGUUGGUUUUCUCCUAUGGAAUACGUGGAAAGUUUAGUUUCAACUUGUUGA